CAUCAACUGAGCCCGGGCAGAGCGGACAGGAGGCGGAAGAGGUGUGUUUCCUGUUGGGUCUGCAGAAGGAGUCACACGAAAAGUUUCACUAAAUGACGACCGAGCACACUGUGUAACUUUUCAGAGGACAGUAGACAAACAGAGGGGUUGCCUGGCCCGGAGCGAUGGGGAACAGCAGCAGCGACAGGGCCGGAGGGGGUCAGGGUGAAAGGUCCUACAGAGAUGGACAGCAGGGGGGGAAAGAGGCGCGCUCCAACAUCCUGAUGGACAGCACCGAGGACGCAGACCUUUUCCAGAGGGAGGACGCAAAGGCCCCACAGGAAAUGCAGGAGUUUCUGUCCUGGCAGCGGGACCUGGAGAGCGAUUCCAAGAGUCCAACGCAGGCCAGGCCAACCGUGUUCAGAUGGACGGGAGUCGCCAAAGAGGUCUUUGUGUCCGGCUCGUUUAACAACUGGGCCACCAAGAUCCCACUCAACAAAAGUCAGAACAACUUUGUUGGUAUUAUGGACCUGCCGGAGGGAGAGCACCAGUAUAAGCUCUGUGUGGAUGGACAGUGGACCUUGGAUCCGACUGCAUCCGUAAUGACGACAAAAACUGGAACCGUCAACAACGUCAUCCAGGUGAAGAGAACCGACUUUGAGGUCUUUGAUGCUCUCAGGAUCGACUCAGAAGAAUCUGCAGACGUUUCAGACCUGUCCAGCUCUCCCCCAGGCCCCUACCAGCAGGAUGCAUACUUAACCAAGUCAGAGGACAAAAUCAAGCAUCCACCUUUCUUACCUCCUCACCUGCUGCAAGUGCUGCUGAACAAGGACACAGGCAUAUCUUGUGACCCAACCUUGCUUCCAGAGCCAAACCAUGUGAUGCUCAAUCAUCUGUAUGCCCUCUCCAUCAAGGACGGGGUGAUGGUUCUCAGUGCAACACACCGAUACAAGAAGAAGUAUGUUACCACUCUUCUGUACAAGCCAAUAUAAUCCACACAUCCUCAAGAGCCAGCCUCCUACCUUAAUCUCUGAUUUGUUUCAUUGUUACACUAAUGUAUCGUUUUUUUAAUCAGUAUCUACUAAAAUUGAUUAAUUGUUGUGUAGAAGUCAGUCAGUGAUCUUGCCUUGAUGGAUGAAAUGUGAAUAUGACUUGGAAUUCCUUGCUUCUCUUAGCAGAUUAAUAGUGUUGUACAGAAGUGAUUUCCAUGGUAUUUCCAGUCUUUUUCAUAAUGAAAUAAGCUGGCACAAAAAGAUAAAGGGUCACCAUGUAAACACUGCCCACAAGAAAUAGUAACCAGCAGACAUUUUGAUGUUGGCCCUGCAGCCUGCAACAACGCCGAAAACUCAUGUAAAUAUAGCACCAAAGUUAAGAUUUAUUGUCCUUAGUCAUCUUUUGCUACUACCUGUGUGUGUCUUUGUGAAAUUGGCACCUAAAUGUCUUUGAUAUCAGUACAAAGUGCUGCCUUGAUAUGAAUUUUUACUAUGCCAUAACAUCAUAUUGUGACAGUUUUGUUUUCAUUUGAGCUGAUGUCAGUGUUUUCAAUCUUACACGCCAGAGUGUGCCGGCUUUAUUCAGUUUCUUCUGCUUGUUAUGCUGCAGCAUAAUCUGCAUUUAUGAUCUCACCAAAAUCCUAGCUUAAGACUUCCUUCUCCACUGUGCAUUUGUAUCAAACCAUAUCCAUUCCAUGUGAUCGCUCAGUGUCAACAAAAAACUGCGAACAAAGAGUUGAUACUGUUUCUCUGUGUCUGUUUAUGCUCAACUAACUUGACCUACAUUUGUAAAUGGAAAUGUUUCCUCGGUGUAAUAGUGAGAUAAAACCGCUGAUGAAUUGCUGAAAGCUUACUAAGCUUGAACAAAGAUGCAAAGGCAAAUACUCAAAUACAGUCCGCACGUUAUUUUCAACGCUCCUCAACCUCCAGCCUUGUGUGAUUUUGUAUAAUAUUGUGUAUCUAUGCUUUAACCCCAAUUGUUCCCUAAAGCUUUCUUUUCAGUUAAUUCAACUCACUCCAGGCAUCGGGCCAUCUCAAACCAAAGACUCAAACCAUGACUUGACAACAGAGUUGAAAUGUUGUUUGCCAAUAUUGUGCCUUUGCAUACUAACCUAAUUUGGGCUGGGGCCGUGAAUGGAAAAAUCUAAGUGUUGCGGUGAGAUCGAGACAGCUGCAAGCUCUGCUGCACACGUGGAAGCUUGCCAUACCCGAACAAACAAAGACACAAGGACACGGACAGCAAGAGCCAAACACUCAAGAGUCUCACUUGCCU